AUGAAUGUAGAAGUUGCUCUUCUGAUCCAUCCUGUUCUUGAAACAGGUUGCCCAGACGGGUACAAAUACUACCAUCCCAACCAACUGUGCUUCAAGGCCUUCAACCAACAGGGUAACUACGACCAUGCAGUUGCGACCUGUUCUUCUGAUGGCGGAACUCUCGCCAUGCCCUGGGAUGCGGGCAUCAACGCGUUCCUCAUCGAUCUGAAGAACGCUGUGGAUAAAAACGCCUGGUUCUGGUUUGGACUGACUGACCGCGUCCAAGAGGGUAAAUUUGUGUGGGCAGACGGUGUUCCUCUUGGACAUUUUGAGCAGUGGGCUCCAGGAGAACCCAACAAUGCGUAUGGCGGCAAUGAGCACUGUGCACAUUAUUGGCCAGGUCCAAAUCGGACCAACAAAUGUGCAUUUUGA